GGCCAAUUCAGGAACCAAGCAAGAAGAUCGACUGCAGAUGCUACGUUGCUGUCACCUGCUAUUUCGUAACACUUAAUCAGAUCACUAUUAAGCUUCAUAAUGAGCAUAAUCAUCUUAUUGGGAGCCUUGAUGAUAUCUCUUUUUUUGCCUUUAUCGGAUACUACGAAGGAGGCUAUAUUGCAAAAGUUACGUGCAGGCUACGGUGGAAGAGACAUAAGGGCUGCAAUUCAGCGCCAUUUUAAUGAAAGGAUAAAAGACUUUUUUCCUGAAGCUGCUAAUUCGUCACUCUCUUCAGUAUAUGUUGUACAUCGGCUAUUGUAUAAAAAGCACAACGAACAGAAAGAAUCAAACAAGCUUUGGUUGAAAAAUCUCCAGCAACAACGAGGUUACUUUACCUAUAUUGCUCAAGAUUUCGAACAGAGCUAUACAUUCAACUUUGUUUCUCCAUGGUAAAGACAGUAACUAGUUCGAGCUGAAUCAUUUUGCCUGAAA